AGUCAGUCACGUUCAGCAUGGUCAGAGAAGGGAUAGUGGAAUCGAACAGAUUGUUCCUCCUCCUCAGGAUAAGUGGGAACGUACCACCAGAGGCUGGCCUUUCUCUUUCUGUUCACUUGUUUGAUCAGAGAAUAUAUAAGUGAAGACAUGGAUUUUAUUGUGCCUCCCACUGAAACAGCUGGUGGUAUUCCAUGGGAGAAGAUCUUACCUCCUCGACUGAACGGGUCUAAAGGCUAUUAUAACUGGUCGCCAUCAUUACUGAUUCCAGAGACUGAGAGUGUCAGCUCUGCAGAGGUCUACUGUGAUGAGAUCAGAUUUACAGUUCAAGUAGACGUGAAGCAUUUCAACCCCGAGGACCUGCUGGUCAAAGUUGUGGGGGACUUUGUAGAAGUGCAAGGACAACACAAAGAGCUGAAGAAGGAGGGCCACGGCUUCACAACACUGCAGUUUAACCGCCGCUACCGAAUCCCAAAGGGCGUGAACAUCAUGGCGCUGGAGUCAGCCGUCUCCCCGGAAGGCAUUCUCAUCAUAUCAGCCCCAAUGCUGCAGAUCGAAGGCACCAGAUGCCUGACUUAACACAGAGGCCUCUCUCAUCUUCGCCAUAUAAGAAAAUAAAACAGCAGCCUUUAUAAACACUGAGAUACAAAGCAGAUUUUCUCCCAACAGCACACAGCGUACCAAAACACCCAUCUGUUUUGUUUUAUCCAACCUCCUGGCACUGUUCUGAUAUUCCCCGCUCUUUGUGGUUUGUAUAUAAAGUACUCCUCUGGUGUUGCUCAUCGAUCGUCCACAGUAUUUCAACAAACACCUCUCUGUAAAUAUUCCUAACUCACUGUUGAAGCUGCUAUACCUUUGAGCAACAUUUGUAAAUGCACAAUAUUGUGAUUGUAAUUAAUGCAUAUAGACAUAUUCCAAACUGUAUGUUGAAAUAUUAUCAAAUAAAUAAACUUUAUUUCAAUAUGAAA